AUGAGAACGCUUAUUAAUUUGCGUACUCUUCCUCUAUUGUUUUUUAUAUUGAUCCUGUUUUUACACAAUAGUAAGGGUGUACAUAAAAAAAAAGCGUAUAUCAUAAAUUAUAAUAGAAGCUCAAAUGGGAAAAUAAAAACAAUCGCUAAGAAUAAUAAAAAGGGUCGAGUAAAAAGUAGAAGAAAAUGGAGAGUAAAAUAUGCAAUUGAAAAUGAUCUAACUAGUGUUAUUUCACAAAACAAACCAAUAAAUGUUGGUAUUUUUGGGAGUACAGGUAGUAUAGGAACUAAUACCCUUAGCAUCAUACGAGAAUGUAAUAAAAUAGAAAAAAAAUUUAAUGUUGAAGCUUUAUAUGUUAAUAAAAAUGUUGAAGGAAUAUAUGAGCAAGCUAAAGAAUUUUUACCGAAAUAUGUGUGUAUACAUGAUCCAAGUAAAUAUGAAGAAUUAAAAAAAUUAUUAGAAAAUAUAAAAAACUAUAAUCCAAUAAUAUUGAUUGGUAAUGAAGGUAUGAAACAAAUAUGUAGUAGUAAUGAAAUAGAUAAAAUAGUUAUCGGUAUUGAUUCAUUUCAAGGUUUAUAUUCAACAAUAUAUGCAAUAAAAAAUAAUAAAACUAUUGCAUUAGCAAAUAAGGAAUCUAUUGUAUCAGCUGGAUUUUUCUUAAAAAAAUUAUUAACUGUUCAUAAAAAUUCAACAAUAAUACCUGUAGAUUCUGAACAUAAUGCAAUAUUCCAAUGUUUAAAUAAUAAUAUAUUAUUAAAGUCAAAAUGCUUACAAGAAAAUUAUUCUAAAAUAAAUCAAAUAAAUAAAAUAUUUUUAUGUUCAUCUGGUGGACCAUUUCAAAAUUUAUCAAUAGAUGAACUAAAAAAUGUAUCAUCUGAAAAAGCAUUAAAACAUCCAAAAUGGAAUAUGGGAAAAAAAAUAUCAAUAGAUUCAGCAACAAUGAUGAAUAAAGGAUUAGAAGUAAUUGAAGCACAUUUUCUUUUUGAUAUUGAUUAUAAUGAUAUUGAAAUAAUUGUACAUAAAGAAUGUAUAAUGCAUUCAUGUGUAGAAUUUUUAGACAAAUCUGUUAUAUCACAAAUGUAUUACCCAGAUAUGAGAGUACAAAUUAUAUAUGCAUUAACAUGGCCUAAUAGAAUAAACACAAAUUUAAAGUCUCUAAAUUUUGAAGAAAUAUCACCUCUCACUUUUUAUAAGCCAUCUUUAAAACAUUUCCCAUGUAUAAAUUUAGCUUAUCAUGCUGGACGAAAAUCGAAUUUUUUUCCAACCGUUCUUAAUGCAUCUAAUGAGGUUGUUAAUAAUCUUUUUCUAAAUAAUAAAAUUAAAUAUUUUGAUAUACCAGCUAUUAUAUCUCAAGUUUUAGAAUCAUUUAAUCCUCAACAAAUUUCUGAAAAUCCAGAGGAUCUUAUGAAACAAAUUUUGGAGAUACAUAAUUGGUCCAAGCAAAAAGCCGUGGAUAUAUAUAAUACCAAAAUAACUUCUUAA